UCCUUCCAGAUGUGCUGUGACGACACCAGAAGUGCCACGCGCAAAAGCACAGCCUUGGAAAGCUUUCAUCAACGAUCCAGAAAUCAAGCCUUUUGCAGCGGAUCAGAGCGAUAACGGCGUGCUUCGUUUGAAGACUGAGAAGGACGAGCAUGGUCUCGGUGGCUGAACUGAGGAGCUGUCAUGCUCGGGCAGGGGUUUAAACCAGCGAAGAAUUGGCAUCCUAGCAAUUUAGUUUGUAGGCAUAACCAAAGUAUGCACAGUUCUCCAGAGUAGUCAGCGUCUGGCUUCAAAAGAAUCCAACUCUUGCCACGAUCCUUGUUUUUCCACCAUGGAGAUAUGACAUGCUGUGAAAAGGGUUAGGCAGUCGUCUGAGUAAGCGCCACAGCCUUGGAUUUGACACGUAUAAAGCCCUUGUCCUCAGAACAUCCAUUGAUGAUUCCUUGUCUCAGCAUCAAUACUGCAUCUGAUUAACGGGCACACUAGUGCAACCGCAAUGGUCAUCGCGACUCUCAAUUUCAUUAAGCCACUGGAGCUAUACGAAACAGAACAGCCAUACUUUCUCAACAUACCAGGAAGUGAGCCAGAAACGCAAAUUAUACAGACAAAUUUGGAAUACACACCACAAGAUGACAUCACAAUAGAGGAUAUUAGAGGCAGGACUCAUGAGUUCUCUCUAGAAAAGAAUGGAUUCAAGGUCUUGAAAUACGAUGCCGAAGGUCUCGAUCAACUACAAGGUUCCAAGGUCGACACUUACUGCGAAGAAAUGGCUGCGUUGGUUGCCGAGGAAUGUAAUGCAGUCCAUGCAGUUUGUUAUGAUUAUCGUAAUGAUCGUGAAACCAUCGACUACGAAAAGGAUCAAGACCUCGGGCGAAACACGGCUGCACCCCCUGUUUAUCCCGUGCAUGUCGACCACACUGUUGAUGGUGGCCCCAAACGCAUCAGAAGGCAUCUGACGGAACAAGAAGCCGCCAAAUAUUUGAAUGGUGGAUAUGAGUCACGUAUCAUCAACGUCUGGCGCCCUCUCAGCCAUCCAGUCGAAGACUGUCCUAUCGCCGUCUGCGAUGCUUCGAGCAUUAAUCCAUGUGACCUUGUGGCGGCUGAUCGCGUCACGCCGGAUUUUCGAGUAGAACUGUACUACAUGCGCUAUAAUCCAAACCAGAGGUUCUACUGGCUUUCAAAACAAGCCACAAACGAGUUGUGGAUGUUCGUCAACUAUGAUUCAAGGAAUCGGCUUGACCUGCCUCCGUGGAUGACAUGUCCUCACGCGGCGUUCCUCGAUGCUGGAGCCCGGAAGGACGCGCCAGCACGAGACAGCAUCGAAGUCAGGGUAAUCGUCUUCAAUGCUAUUACGGGGAUAGCUUGA